GAACGGCCCCUGACGGGCGAAGCGGGGACCCUGCUCUGGUCGGGGCAGCCCACGGACGCGCCAGCGCUCGCCACGGGCAGGGGCGCGAGUCCCGGGCACUGGGCAGCGCCAGGCACCCUCCGGGCAGGUGGCCUCCGCUUCCCACGGCAAGGGGGCCGCCGGCGGGGCCUGGCAGCGCUGAACCAAGGCGUCAGGCGGGCGCACCGCAGCCGCCGGGUGCAAGCAGGGACCCGGAGCAGAAAAAUCCCGGCCCCCGGGGAGCAGCUUUGGGCGGGCGCGAGCUACAGGCGCGCGCGGCCCCGCCCCCGGGGCGCGUCUUGUGGGAAGCGCGCUGGCUCUCGCCCCUAACAGCCUCGCUUUCGCUCCCCGCUAGGGGCGCGCCACGCGGCAGCCCGACCCACCCGCACGCCGGAAGUAACGUCAUGUCGCUGCGCCUGGCUCGCGCGCUCCGCUCUGCUGCUCGCUUGCCGCGGCGCUUCCCGGAGCGAGGUCGAGUCUAAACUGAACUCCCCCCUCCCGCCCAGAUGAAAACGUCUAAAGCGGCGAAAGCUCCAAGGCCCGCGCCGCGCGGAGCAGGCAAGGAAUGUGAGAGAAAUGAAGCAGGUGCAUCAUCUGAAGACUAUGUCAUUGGACAAGUUGUCAACAGUUUGUUUCAAAAUAAGUCCACAACAUGCAGACCGCACCCCUUGGCACAUCUUUUUAAUGCUUCUGAGUCUGAAACACAGCCAGUGUUUGUUGCUGUGCCAAGAGAGAAUAAGAAACGAAAGCAUACAGAAGUGGAAAGGGCAACAAAAGAUCAGAGCUCAUCUACUAAACAAGAACCUCCUAUAAAACUGAAGAAAGCUAAAAAGAACAAACUGUGUAUAGCAGAGAAAAGGUUGGCAAACAGAGAGCGUGCAUUGGAACAGGCAGAUGAAGAAGAGGAGGAAAAAGGGAUCAAGGUCAAACAGAAGGUAAAAAAUAGAACAUCUCAAGCUGUCACCAAAAGCCUUGCUAGUUCAGCUAAUGAAAUUGAUGAAAAACAGUGCACGAAGAAACGUCAAAUUAAUGAAGCUGAGGAGGUACUAAAGAAUCAGAGAACUUUGUUUGUUGGGAAUUUACCUAUCAGCUGUACUGUACAGAUGCUGAAGUCAUUUUUUAAGGAAUAUGGACAGAUAGAAUCAAUUCGAUUCCGUUCUUUGGUUCCAGCAGAGGAUACUUUAUCCAAAAAGUUAGCAGCCAUAAAGCAUAAGAUGCAUCCUAAUAUGAAAUAUAUUAAUGCUUAUGUGGUUUUUAAGGAAGAAGGUGCUGCCACUAAAGCUCUUAAAAGAAAUGGAACUCAAAUUGCCAAUGGAUUUCACAUCAGAGUUGACCUUGCUUCAAAAGCCACUUCUCAUGACAAUAAGAGGUCUAUAUUUGUGGGAAAUCUCUCAUAUGAAAUUGAAGAUGAUACUGUGCGAGAACACUUUUCUGAAUGUGGAAAUGUAGUAGCUGUUCGAAUUGUGAGAGACAAAAACACUGGCACUGGCAAAGGGUUUGGCUAUGUUCUGUUUGAGGACUGGACCCUUGUUUGUCCUUGCCUGGAGCCAUCACAUGCUGUCAGAUUUUUAAGUGGAACUCUGAUUUUAAUGGGAAGUUCUGUUUAAUACUAGUGACAUAUAGGCAAUGGAAUAAAGUCUCUAUGUUUUGCUGAAUCAGGCUUUCAAAGCUAGUAUUUGUCAGAGAGUAACUAUGUAUUGCACAGAGGUCUGCUCAUGCUCCUGAAUACAAUAUCUAUGCUCUAUUAUCCAGACUGAUUUCUAUUUUACAAUUUUGCAUAAGCAGAAUGUAUACAAAAGAUUUCUGGUUUUAUAGGUAAUGUCUGUCCAACCUUUGAAACUAAUGUGUUGUGUUUAAUAGAAUACAGAUGCUGUACAUCUUGCUCUGAAACUAAACAACUCUGAAGUGAAUGGAAGAAAGCUUAGAGUGAAACGCUGCGUUGAGAAGGAGAAAAACCAGAAAAGUUCAGACAACGUAAAGAACUCUGGUCCAAAGCACAGAUUUGGUACUUCAUUAAAAAAUACAAAGAGAUAUACCAACAAUUCAUUUGCUGGUGAAAGAGCAACCCCAUUGAAAAA